AUGGCGCUGGGGCCCACCGACGACGAUCUGUACCAGGACGUCUUCGAGCCCUACGGCGUCGACACGGAGCAGUUCAGGGUACUGAUGUCCUCUGGCACGCGCAUCCGAGGGACGAAGGGCACCGUGAUAGUGAAGGCGGGCACGCCGUGCACGAAGGUUCACCUCCUUCUCUUCGGGGAGGCCGUGGCCCGCAAGGGCGACGCGGAGGGCCAGCCGGUGUGCAGGUACCCAGGGAGGACCGGAGGUGCUGAGGUGCUGCCGGCGCCAGGCAGCGAGGGCGCAGAGGAGUCCCCCGAUUCCGGCGUGCCGAAGCGCGGGUGCGUCAUCGGCGGGUCCGUGCUUGUCGACCCGAUGAGGCUGGAGACGCCGUAUCCGAACACCGUCGUGGCCGAAUCAGACGUGGAGUGGAUCCAGUGGGAGCUGCACGAGCUGAAGCGGGUGGUCGCGCGGAAAAACUGGAGAUCAGAGGAGGAAAGGCUUGCUCUACACCGAUCUCAUCAACAGCCUGGACAACGAGCGGAAGAUCCGGUGGGAGGCGAAAAUGCGCUCCAGGGGCCUCGUGGAGGAUGCCCGUCCGAAGCCGAAGCAGUUGCUCGCGCUCUCUGCUUUCGUGGCGGUGCCGUUCUUCGGCUUCGGCUUUGCGGACAACUUCAUCAUGAUUCUCUGUGGGGACGCCAUAGACGCGACGUUCGGCGUGCGCUUCGGCCUGACGACGCUGGCGGCGGCCGGGCUCGGCAAUUGGGUGAGCGACCUCGUCGGCCUUGGUCUAGGUGA